ACAUAGCACUCCCAAACCAUGGCAAGCCCUCACUCCAAACCGGACCUCCUCCAACUGGGCCAGAGGCUCCUCAGGGAAGGCCCCCACAAAACCCUGCCGACGCCCAAGCGCAUCCGCAUCCUUUUCAACGGCGUCUACGUGGCCGACACCACCUCAGCCCUCUACGUGUGGGAGCACCCCUACUACCCCUUCUACUACGUGCCCCUCUCGUCCUUCGCCCGGGGCGUCCUGCACGACGACAGGGACGAGGGCGCCCUGAAGCUCAUGGGCCUGCACGUGCAGGGCAAGUCUACGGACCGGCUGCUGGGCUUCGGCACCAGCGACCACCAGUCCAAGAAGCAGCACCAGCACGACGCUGAGACCCAGGGGGACGAGAAGGGGGAGAGGAAGGGCCACGAGCUCGCGGGCUACGUGCGGGUCGAGUUCGGCGCCGUGGACGCAUGGUUCGAGGAGGACGAGAGGAUCUACGUGCACCCCAAAGACCCGUUCAAGCGCGUCGAGAUCCUGCCGUCCGCGCGGCCCGUCAGGGUCUUCGUCGACGGGGUCAAGGUCGCCGAGGCGGCGGGCUCGCUACACCUGUAUGAGACCGGGCUGCCGGUCAGGUAUUACCUGCCGCCGACGGCGGUGAAUAGGAGGGUCUUGAGGGACAGCGGGACGGAGACACAGUGCCCAUACAAAGGGGUGGCGAAUUAUUACGAUGUGGUGCUAGGAGAGAAGAAGGACAAGGUUAGCAGGGACGUCGUGUGGUACUACCGGAACCCGACGCAUGAGAGCGCGCUGGUGGCGGGGCAUUUGUGUUUCUAUAACGAGAAGGUAGAUAUCGAGCUUGAUGGGGUCAAGCUGGAGAGGCCAAAGACGCCUUUCUCGUAGUCUGUGCAGAUCUUUGGUAUGCUCAUGUAUGUCCGUAAGUUAUUGUUAUCUAAUGUGUAUAUGGUAGCCUG